UCACAAGCUAACCUGUCACCUGUAUGCCUUGCUCGGUACUUGCGCCUACACAGUACUACGGGUCUGACGCUCUCUCAACUACCUACCAGCAGCCAGAUUGUGAGAAUACCGAAUUCGGGCUCUACCUUGACUGUCCGUCCAAUUCACUUGAGGACGAAGCCAAACCACACUCUGGCGAUGACGGUCCCCGAGGAACCUGAACAGUCCAUCGAGUCUUCACCGGCAAACAAUGCUCGCCGAGAAUCCACUUCUCAUCAGAACAAGACCACGUGAGAUCUCCUGAUCGUCAGAUGAUUCAUC